UCUGGAAAACCCGCACGUUGUCAAGCCUUCGGCGGAUCUCUCGAUGCUCCUCCUCUUCUUCUUCCUCUUCGUUCGCUCACCAAACCCCCCCUUUCUCUAUCCAAUGCCCUCUUCUCACCAUCUCCAAUGGAUCUCCAUCCCUCCCUCUCCUACACCCCCCUUUCCACCAUCUCCCUCCCCUUCUUCCCCCUCUUUUCCGUUUCCACCAUCUCCUUCUUCCACCCCAGAAAGCUUCGAUCUUUGAGCGUUUGCAGCUGUUCCUCAGGAGGGAAAUCUCUGAUCCGCAAGCCCCAGCUGAAUUCCAGAACAAUCACCACCCCCGUUCCAGAUCUCCGAGACGACGACGAAGCUGAGGAGGAGGAGGAGCAGGAGGUGGAUGGCGAUGAUGAACAACAGUCUGCAAAAAAGCCCUCGGCUUUCCAUAGCAUCUGUGCCCAGAUAGAAAAGUUGGUGUUUUUCAAGCGCUACGAUGAAGCGCUAGAACUGUUUGAGGUAUUGCAGCUGCGAGGAGGUUAUGGUGGCGUCCGCGCCAGCACCUACGAUUCCCUUGUGACUGCUUGCAUUGGCUUGAGGUCCGUUCAUGGCGUCAAAUCGGUCGUUCGGCACAUGAUCGACGCUGGGUUCACCUUCGAUUUGUAUAUGAGGAAUAGAUUGCUUCUCAUGUAUGUGAAGUGUGGCAUGAUGGUUGAUGCGCGAAGGGUGUUUGAUGAAAUGCCUGAGAGGAAUGUUGUUUCCUGGAAUACAAUCAUUUGUGGUCUUGUGGAGUUGGGAUCUUAUGAUGAGGCGCUUGAGCUGUUCCUGGUGAUGUGGGAGGAGAUGCCAGAGGCUGCGCCACGGAUGUUUGCUACUGUCAUUAGAGCGUGUGCCGGUUUGGGUGAGGUUUUCGUCGGUAGUCAGUUGCAUGCUUGUGUUGCUAAAUUGGGUUUAUACGAACAAAUUUAUGUGUCUUGUGCUUUGAUCGAUAUGUAUAGCAAGUGCGGAAGCAUCAGAGAAGCUCAAUGGGUUUUUGAAGAGAUGCCGGACAAGACUGUUGUUGGAUGGAAUACUAUUAUUGCCGGGUAUGCGCUUCAUGGGUAUAGUGAGAAAGCUCUUGAAUUGUAUUAUGAGAUGCGGAAUUCCAGGGUGAGUAUGGAUCAGUUCACUUACUCAAUUGUAGUUCGAAUUUGUGCUCGGUUAGGGUCGUUGGAACAUGCGAAGCAAGCUCAUGCAGGAUUAAUUCGGAAUGGUUUUGGAUUGGAUGUAGUUGCUAGUACAGCUCUGGUUGAUUUUUAUUGCAAAUGGGGUAGGAUGGAUGAUGCCAGGCAUGUUUUCGACAUGAUGUCUCGCAAGAAUGUGAUCUCUUGGAAUGCACUGAUUGGUGGGUAUGCAAACAAUGGCAUGGGCAAGGAGGCUAUUAAGAUGUUUGAGAGGAUGAUCAAGGAAGGGAUGGCUCCAAAUCAUGUGACUUUCCUUGCUGUUUUGACUGCAUGCAGUUAUUCGGGAUUUCUAGAUAAAGGGAUCGAGGUUUUUGAGUCAAUGUUCCGGGAUCCAAAGAUGAAGCCACGGGCAAUGCAUUAUGCUUGUAUGAUUGAGUUGUUGGGUAGAGAAGGGCUUUUGGAUGAAGCUUUGAGUCUAAUAAAGGAUGCACCUUUCAGUCCUACGACGAACAUGUGGGCCGCCUUGCUUACCGCUUGCAGGUUUCACAAAAACUUGGAGCUCGGCAAAUUUGCAGCGGAAAAACUAUUCGGAAUGGAGCCUGAGAAACUAAGCAAUUACAUAGUACUUCUAAAUAUAUACAAUAGUUGCGGCAGAGCAGCCGAUGCUGCUAAAGUAUUGGAAGGCUUGAAGAAGAAAGGUUUACGAUUACUUCCUGCUUGCACUUGGAUUGAGGUGAAAAAACAACCUCAUAGAUUCACAUUUGGAGAUAAAACUCAUCCCAAAAGCACCAAAAUAUAUGAGAAAUUAGACGUUCUGAUGAACAAGAUAGUUGAACAAGGUUAUGUUCCUGAAGGAAAGCCUCUUCUUCCUGAUGUUGGACAACAUGAACAAAGGAUGUCGAAUUCCCACAGUGAGAAGUUAGCAAUUGCUUAUGGGCUCAUCAGCACUCCUGAUUCUACUCCCUUGCAACUGGUGCAGGGGCAUCGAAUCUGUGGUGAUUGCCACAGAGCGAUCAAACUAAUAACAGUGAUCACCAAGAGGGAAAUCGCCGUGAGAGAUGCGAGCCGAUUUCACCAUUUUAAACAGGGAAGAUGCUCCUGUGGGGAUUACUGGUGAUUGUAAAUAUGUCAAGUUAAAGGAUUUGUUCAGACAAAUUUUGAUUAUUACUGUAAGAACUGAUGAUCAUCUGCAUUUUCACACUCUGAAUCACUGAUUCUUUGUACGUUGCUGGGCUGUGCCUAUCAGCUCAUUCUUUGAAUUACAAUAAAAUAUCUCUUCUUAGCA